AUGAAUAGAUUUAUCAGUAAAUCAUCAUUGCUAUCUAUAUCUGCUGCUUCAGCUGCUGUAGCAGUACCAAAUAGAUUGAUAUCAAGAUCAUUCUCAUCUUGGACUAUCAAUCAUAGUAAUAAUAAUAAUAAAAGUAUUAAUACCAUCAACAAAUAUACAUCACUUGAUAAUAAAUAUAGAUUAUAUACUACUGAACCACCAAAACAACCAGAACAACAACCAAAACAAGAAGAACAACCAAAACAAGAAGAACAACAAAAAGAAUCAAAUGAAGAAAAGUAUACAAACAAGAAACAAAUUACAUUUGCUAGUUUAUUUGCAGCAUUAUUCUUUGGUGGUUUAGGAUGGUUGUAUUAUGAUCAUUUAAUGGUUCAAAAGAGAGAAAAGAUUAAACAAAUUGAAACCUAUGGUACUAGUUCAAUUGGAGGAGGAUUUUCAUUGAUUGAUGAGAAUGGUAAAGCAGUAUCUGAUCUUGAUUUCAGAGGAAAGUAUAUGUUUCUCUACUUUGGUUUCACGUAUUGUCCAGAUGCAUGUCCAGCCGAAUUGGAUAAAAUGACAAUCGUCUUGAACAAUCUCGAAAAACAUAAUCUAUUGGAUAGUAUUGUUCCUGUUUUCAUUACUAUUGAUCCAUGGAGAGAUACUGUAGAACAAAUUAAACAAUAUAUUCAUGAAUUCCAUCCAAAAUUUGUUGGAUUAACAGGAACACCAGAACAAAUUACAAAAUUGGCAAAAGGAUAUAGAGUGUUUAUUAGUAAAGCAGGUAAAGGAGAUAGUUAUUUGGUAGAUCAUACAAUUAUCGAAUAUUUAAUUGGCCCAGACGGUAAAUUUAUUGAAUUUUAUGGUUCGAAUCUAAAUGCCGAUCAAGUCACUGAAAAGAUUUUAGAACGUAUGGCUCAAGGUGGAAAGGGUGGAGCAAAUAGAGGUGAAAUUAUUCGUGAAAAGAGUCUUGUCGAUCAAGUAUAUGAUUUUUUGACUGACAAAAUUUAA